UAUGUCGUACAGUAAUCUGAAGGACUACCAGCAGGCAGUGAACUGUACUCUGCAGGUACAGAAGCAAUGCAGUGAUGACGCGAUGAAGCCCACAGUAGCCGACUCUCAGACAGUGCAGGACGGCUUGACUAAACUCUGUGGUCAUAUCGGGGAUUUCGACACCAAGUGCGUUCAAAAUGCUCCCAAAGGAACUUGUGGCAGUAGACGCCCCGCUUUGGAUCCGAAACAUCUGUGCGCCACCACUAGCGCCACCCAGAACUGUCUGGUGUCAGCGGUGAGCAGCUGCAGCAAGAGGACCGUCAGCAUGUUCAAGGACGUCCUACUUAGCCAAUCCCCGUCUUGUGUCUAA